UGGCCGCCGCCCGCCUGGGCGAACGAAACGGGACAAGAUAACGAGACAGCAAGGGGGAGCAGGGAGCCAGGGUACCCAGAAACAGAGAUGGCGGCGAGGCGCGACACCGAGUUGGACGGCGAAGAGCUCGGCGGCGAGGGCUCCAACCCCGUCGGUGGUGGCGCGACUCCACCGCCCCUAGGCGCAGCCCCUGUCGUAUGCGUCCUCCGCUCCGCUGGGGACUUCGCUGGCGGCGCCUUCAUUGGAUCCGUCUUCGGAUAUGGACAAGGCUUGCUCACUAAGAAGGGUUUUAAGGGCUCAUUCAGCAAUGCAGGGUCCUCUGCCAAGACUUUUGCAGUUCUCUCUGGAGUUCAGAGUUUGGUCGUGUGCUUGUUGCGAAGGCUACGUGGGAAAGAUGACAUUGUCAAUGCUGGUAUAGCUGGUUGUUGUACUGGUGUUGCUUUGAGCUUUCCAGGAGCGCCACAAGCGUUGCUUCAAAGCUGUGCCACCUUUGCAGCAUUCUCAUGCAUCAUGGAGGGGCUCAAUAAGCAGCAGGCUGCAAUGGCUCGCACACUUGGUGGGACUGCCGUGACGGUCGUGCAUGAGAAAGGCGGUGUUCUGCCCCCGUUCACGCUGCCACCAAUUCUUGAUGCAUCUGAUGCUUUAGCUUCAUGCUGCUUAGCGUUAGUAAAGCCUAAGCACUAGAUUGCAGAAUAGAGGGCGUGAGAGAUGGUGAAGACUUCGGUUCUUUAUUGUGUUGACCCCAGCUUAUGUAAAUUUUGUUUUUGGACAAGAUGUGUAACGUGCCUAAAAUCCAGAUUUGCUUCAUCUAGCCAGUUUUCCCUUGGAAUGUGUUAACGUUUGUAGCAUGCCCUUGCGGAUUCCGCUGGGUCUGUCAUAUUUAUAUGGGAUAAGGUCAUAAAUAUUUGCCUGAAUAUUCGGCUUCUUU